AAAAUUCUUUUUUCCAGGAAACAGGAGCCAAAAGGAAAGGAAAUCUCAGAACUGCUGACAAGGCUUCUGGAUUGCACUCGGUACGAUGGCCGACUUCGACCAAAUUACGGCGGUGAGAUCUUAACUUAUAAGUGGUCAGUCAAAAUUUAUUGCCGGCGGAGAGAGGGGUUGGAGUCGGAGGAGACACAUGUUUUUCAUGGGGAACGGAGGGGCAAUCAGUCGUCGUCAACAGAGUAUAAAGGGUAACUAUAGAAAAUUGACCGCCAAAAACUGUCGAUGAAGGAGAUCAUAAGAAUAUUACUGAGCCAUUUGGGAGGAUCAGGUAAAUUCAAUCACUCACCCCCGGUGACACAUACGGACCGGUUUCGAAAUUAGGAGCUAAAUUUGUCUAAGGUUUGUUCGUAAUUGAGCGUCAAUUGCGCAAGUUUUUACUACCCGAGCUCGUGAUUGACUUUAGAAUCAAGUUUGCUUUUCGUAUUUCGGUUCAAGAAUUUCUACUUUUCUAAAGCUUGGAUACUUUGAAGAGGUCAGUCAAUCAUAAUACAGAUUAUACAUUGAAAUUGUAGGGGAGAGCUACACCGAUGGGUUAAAAAUAAAAAUACAGAUUAAGUUAAAGGCAUAAAAGAGUAGCAUUUUCAAUCAUAUUUUUAUCCUAUCGCUUCAUUAGCAGCUUACCGGGUGAGGAGCAACCAAAAGGUUUUUCUUUUUUACUUUUCUUCACGCAGUCAUGUAAACAUCUAUUGAUCUUUGUGUCUCUGCAGAAGGUCCAGUUGAAGUUUCGGUCGGGUUUUGGAUUUUGUCAAUUGAAAGAAUUGAUGUAGUCAACAUGGUGCGUAAUUACAUUAGAAAGAAGUUUGAGGCCGAUGUUCAAAUAUAUUCUUUAGCAUCCAUUAAUAAAUCCACUUGCUGUAAGAAUCUGAAAGCAAUUAACACAGAAAAAAAUUGAGUUUUCAUUGUUAAAAGAGCAUUAGGUCGCUGCUUUGAAGUGAUCCUCUUUCCCAACUUCAAUCCAUGAAGCUGGCUGAUAUCUUUCACUGCUGAGUUUGAAUUUUCUUCUUUUCCCAUAAGGAUUUCACAAUCGACAUAUUUCUUCGACAACAAUGGACCGACAAGAGACUGGACCACGGUCUGAAUCACACCAUCACACUCAGCAGCCGCUGGGCCAUGAAAAAGAUCUGGGUCCCAGACUCAUAUUUUGUGAACGCGAAAACUGGCCGCAUGCACCAAGUAACCACUCCUAAUAUGAUGCUUAUGUUAGGUCCCGGAGGAGUGAUAAAAUACAAUGCAAGGUACUUUAGUCAAAUCUGUCUGUUGCUAGCGUUCUAUUAGUGAAGACGAUGUGAAGCUGUUGUAAUAACUAAAUGUCUGGAACAAGAUUGCAUUACAGAAAGGAAGAAAGUUAUAUUUGUCAAUGAACUCUUCGAGUCGAAAAAAUGUUAGGGACUAAAUAACGGGCGUGAAAGACCGAACAUUUUGAGUCUGAUGUGAGGACUCGAAUUUCAAAAUUUCAGAGAUCCAAGUCUGGAUCUGACGCCAUCUCGGUCGGUGCUAGAUCAUCAGACCGCGAAAUGAGAAAGUCUUACAACAAUCUUCGGAGAGACAAGGAUUUAUUUUUUUAUUCGAAAUAUUGACGGUUGGUAAUUUUUUAUUAUUCAACAGGAUAACAAUCAAAGCAGCUUGUCUCAUUGAUUUGCGAAAGUUCCCAAUGGACAGUCAAGUUUGCCCGCUGGUGCUGGAAAGCUGUAAGCUGAGUUGGCUUUACACGCAUAGUUAAAAUACGACGGUGACAGACAGGAGGAUUUGAUUUUUAGGGGAACUGUCCAUGAAUAAUUGCUGGCGAAUUCGUAAAUUGCUUACCAACUUUGUGACUGACUGAACGACUGGUUGACUGACAGAGAUGCUGAUGUGUUGACUGAUAUACUGAUUUACAGGUUGAUAGACUCUUUGAUUGCUUAACUGACUUACUCACUGAGUAACUGACUGACGAGUUAACAGACUGGUUGAUGAAGUGUCUGACAGGUUAACCUGCUGGCUGGCCAACUUAACGAAUCACCGUCUAACUGACAGACACACUUACUGACCAUCUGACUCCCAGAAGUUUGAUUUUUGACAUCUGAUUGACGAAGUUAGCCAUACCUGCUGACUGAUAGAGACGCUUAAGGACGGACAGACAGAGAUAGGCCGGGACACGCCUAAAUAUAGGUAGAUGGACCGAAAGAAAGAACGCAAACAAACGAAUAUAUAGAGAGAUAUAUCAGGCAUAAAGAAAAAGAAAUAAUAAAAGUUGUCCUAUGCAGUUCAUUUGCAUUAUUUUUGUUCUCCAAGAUGGCUAUAGUGCAGAACAUAUUCGAUAUAACUGGGAAGUCUCUGGAACAGACGGCCAGUCUUUUGUUCCAUCCGAAUUCCGCCUUAUGCCGAACUAUAACCUGACAAACAUCAACCUCUCGCUCACCAUGAACAAAUAUGUUGUUGGUGAGUAACAAUAUUUCACUUGUUUGCCUAAUUAUCCUUUUACAUCUAGAAACAUGACGUUUAGAGUUUGGUGAUUUUCACUAGUUGUCAUUAGAAAAAAACACAAUAAUCUCUUUUAAAAAAACUACCCCAAAAGUGAAGAAAAUGCCUCAAAUUUGGUCGACCAUUUCCUUGUGGGCAAGGCAGAUAUUCUCCUCAAUACGCUUUAUAGGUAUGUACCACUGCCAAACGGUACGGUUUUUCUGGAAUCGUUCUUGUCUGAAAAUGAGGAGAGACUUUUGAGCACUAUACUAUGGUCUAAAUCGGGUGUGGUUUUCGAAGAACCAAGAGAGGAAAUAAAUGUAAUUGUUGUUUUCAACCUCACAUGGAUAAAAGAGAAAGACAAGUAUUAUGUCAUUCAAGCUGUAUCUUGGGGCAAUUUUCACGAACUCUCACCUUCUACACUAAUUUCUAAAUAACUAAAUAAUUAAUUUCGCCUCAAAACCAAAGCUAGCUUUAAAACGGGUAAGGAUUUUGACGGCUAGGGCUGAAAAUUGGUUUUGAAAAUGGAAUGUCUAGUCUUUUCGUCCCAAUUAGAAUCAUGUCAGGAACUGGAAAAACCUGGCAGUUCAUGUACACCCUCUCUCUAUUCAUUCCGAGGGGUAACUCCUUAGGUCAAAUUUUGAAACACCAACUGAGGUCAUUCCAAUUCAUUUACAAAUAUUGCAGUGUUCUCUUUGUCUUUGUUAUCAGGAAAUUUCUCGGGUGUAUGUGCGACAUUUACCUUCAAACGUUCCUACAGCUACUUUUUAAGUCACAUAUAUGGCACAAGUUCUGUAAUUGUGGCUAUAUCGUGGAUUGGGUUUGUUGUUCCUUUUGAGCAAACCGCUGCCCGAGUUGCUCUUGGCAUUACGUCGUUAUUGACGGAGGUCACCAUUUUGAACAUGAUGAACAACUCUAUGCCAAAGGUACACGUCUGCUAAAGUAUCGGUAUUAAUCAACGAUUGCAUCAGUUUUGCUUUAUUUUGCGGCGUAAUGUUGAAAUCAGAAGAUUGCUAUGUUGGAGUAGUCAUGAGUUUGUUUGUUCCUCUUGUUAAAGGUGAGUUACGUCAAAUCAAGCGACAAGUAUCUGAUUGGUUGUUUUGUGUUCGUGUUUUUGACCCUCAUCGAGUACUGUGUCGUGCUGUUGUUGAAAGCAAAGCAAAAGCAAAGGAGUAUCAAGUCCCGUAAAACUACCAGAAAACAGGUGAGGUAAAUAAACUAAUAAAAAAUAAACUGACAAGUAAAGCAGAAGUUCACGUUAGUUUUCCACAGGAUACUUUUCUGCACCAUGCCAGGGUAUUUCGUCUUUAAGAGAAAAGGAGAAACGACAGCAAAAGCAACUAAAACCAUAGAAGACAUUAGAUUGUGAAACGGAAAAAUUGGGAGCCUUGAAACCAAAGUAGAUAAACACAACUAUCAAUUUUUUUCAUUCUUAACGUGGUCACAUAGAACAUUUCUCGUGUGGCUCAGUUUAAAGAACAACAGCCAACCAUAACUUUAUUCACGAGCACCUCUAACCAAAGGCUGCUUCAAAUUAAAAUAACUUUAUUCAUGAGUACGUAGCUCUGACCACGAGUACUUCUAACCUAAGGCUGCUUCAAAUUAAAAUAGUUUGACCAAUAAUUAGUAAUAGGCUGGAGAAAAAAAAGAAAUCUUUGUCACUUUACAGCCGCCGUUUUUAUUGAUCACUAUGCUAUAGACUGCUGUUGGUUCUACUCUAUCGUAUUACUUAUGCUGUACGUCCUGUUGAGCCAGUAUAAUUAACUCAUGUAUCUUAGCAGAAAAACGAUGAGAAUUGUGACCAUGUGGAAGCGAAGGACUGGAUAAGGAAUGGCACUCUAACCAACACAAGGGAGAAUGACCUCAAUUUUCCUCAUGGUAGUUUGAAGAAAGCUACAAACAAAUACUCUUCAGGGUACACCUUGGCUACUUUCAGAGAUGCUGAUGUUGGUGCUCUCCUUCCCUGUAACAAAUCACAGAUGCACUGUAAAACAUUUGUUAAACAAGUCGAAGCAAGGAUUCUUACAGAUACGUUUAUUUUGAGCAUUGACGAGUAUUCCUUCAGACUUUUCCCUCUUGCUUUCGCUGUGUAUAAUGCUUGCUACUGGAUGGAGUAUAUUUAAUUGGACACUGUUAAGCCAGCUCAUGCAAAAGAGCCAAUGUAAAAAACCGUAUCUACAAAGAACUUAAACGAGAGAUCGAAACUGAAGUCUGACGAAAGCCACCAAGUCUUUAUCCCAGGAAAGUAGCCUGACCAAUUUGCUCCCAGGAACCAGACUUGUAGCAUCUGAUUGGUAAUGGUAAGAGGAGCGAGUAGAGUCCAAUUCGGUCUGUAAUACGAGUGAUUAACAAAAUCGGAAAGUAGUUGUUGCUAUGGUUAUUGUGAUCAACUCUGUGAUUGGUGGAUCUAGCUGAGUGGAAUUAGUAUGAUUGGCUGCUUCAACUGUUCGGUUACAGGUGUCGGAUUACAGCCAACUUUCCGAUUACACUGUCCGAUUACAACUGUACAGAAUGAUAAGGGAAAAAUAAAGCAGCUAAUGCACCAAUCACAUUUAAGGAAAUUGUAACGGUUAUGAUUAAGAGAUAAAUCUUAAAUUGACCCAAAUGAUGAAUUUCGCUCAGAUUUUCGAAGCUAGCUCGAAGAACAAAAGCCAAUUUUCCGAGGGCCUUACUCAAAUUAAAUGCUUUCCUAAACUACUUUGUUUUUCUUUAAUUUGCGAUGUUAUGCUGGCGUUGUGUAUUAAUGUUUUGUGAUUUCUCUACAUGACGUCGCAAUUGUUUAAGAUCCUUCAAAAAGCUUCAUCCACCUGGGGUUUGUUGAAGUCCUAAAUGUAAUAACUUUCCGAAAUGUGACAAACUCCUAAAUGUAAUAACAUUUGGUCCUAAAUGUAAUAAAGUCCUUCAUGUAAUAACAUUUAGUCCUAAAUGUAAUAAGCCUCCAAUGCAAUCGUUUAACUCCUUCAGUGCAUUGUUGUUAUGGCGGACAUCCACAUUGACAUGUCAAAGUGACAGCUGUUACACCAAAAAACCGCUGACCAGUAUAUAUAUAUAUAUAUAUAUAUAUAUAUAUGUCACAUUGCGGGCUCGCUGAUAUAAAUCAGCGUCUUUCUACUUGACAUAAGACAUAAGAAACAUCAGCGGUCAGCGGUCUAUUGAUCGAGUUGAAGAAAAUCAUUUCCAGCCCAAAGUGGGCUAGUGCUUGGCUGGAAGCUCAAUAGGAUGGAAUUGAUUACUACGUACUCAUUAAGAAUUUUUUUGACGAGAAAUUGACUACAAUUGAUGAUGAACUAGCAUGCUAUUGUUGAUGUUAUCGUUCGUGUUAAAGUCUUCAGUAGUGAUGCACCAUUUUAGAGCAGUUUGAAUGACUUCGCUGUGUCACAUGUUAAUCCAAAAGAAAAUUAUUAUUAUCAGUAGUGUUACUGACAUUUUGCACAUCAAUGUUAUUCAGUGUCAACUGAUUUUAAUGAAGCAUUUGGGUUCAUUUUUAAGAAUGACUAUCCUGAUUUAUUCAAUUUUGAACCUGGGAUAUUGCAUUUCUAGCCCUCUAUGGCUUUACUCCACCUCGGUAAUCAGUUCAUGUACCAUAUGACUAAGUGGAAACUGUUGAGCUUUCUUUUUCAUCCAUCUAUUUAUAUAUUCAUUUUCUCCCCUCACGGCGGGGAGGAGAUGACGACAAAAAAAGUAAUAUAAACUUGAGAUCAACUGUAAAAUGUAUGUUUUCCCGAUACUUCGGUUCGGGAACUGAUGAACCUGUCAUAAUGGGCUAAAGGCAGAAAAAAAGAAUGGUUCAUUAGACCAUCAACUGACCAUCUUGUGUUGAAUAUUGUAGCUCAAUGAUUCAAUUUCACUCUUGCGCGGAAAAAAGGCAACAUCUCGAGACCUAUGAUCGUGAAAUGGGAUAACAUAUGAUUGGUCAGUAGAUAUAUUGCUCUGUAAGUCACUUUAUCAUAUAGCUAGUAGCGCACGCGGGCAAGAUGAAGUGAAUCCUGUGUUCUGAUUGGCUACCUGAGCAGGCAUGAUGGGCCCACCCUCGCCCGCUCGGGAUUCCCCGUAUUGAUCCCACGCAAGAAAACUUACAAAGUUCGUAACUUUUGGACAAUGUUGGCAUAAUCAUAUAAAAAAAUUAACGACCUUCUUGGGUUUAUUGUCCUGCAAGCACAGUUGGCUUUCACUAUCGGCUCUCUAAAUAAACAGGCCAUUCUUGAUUCUUAUCAAAGCGAAAUCUUUUGCUGUACAAUGAAUCCUUUAAUGAUUAAGCCAGGAGAAUAUGAACUCUCUUGACCAAGCUUGUAUGGUCAAGAUUUCUGGGUAUUAGCCUCGUUCUUUUUCUACUUUUUUAUGGACCGAGACUUCGUCUUAGUCCAUAAAAACGCAAAAAAAAAGAACUCGGCCAACAUCCAGCCAUUUUGACCUCACGCUUGGUCGAUAACACAUAUGAAUAUAUUUUAUACCGACCCAUACAAUUCUGGCAUGGGAAGACAGUACAAAAAAUGCACUUCCGAACCCGGAAUUUGUCUAACGUAUAAGUCGGUGGACUUCCUUUUCCUUGUAAUUCGGUUCAUGAAGUGUUAAUUUCAGCACUGAUAUCAGAAGUAUAUCGUCAAAAUCUGUUACACUUAAAAGUCUGAGCCAAGGAUAUAAAGAUAGCUAUUGGUCAGCGUUCUCAUUGCUUUUGCGUCCGUCAAUUUGAAGCCAAAAGCACAUCAGUAUCAGUAUAAGGUUUUGUAGCCAAUGCUUCUCAAUCUACGUCUUUAGCAAAUAAAAAGUCGCUGAUUAAUAUCAGUGAGCCCGCGAUAUGCCAUGAAUACUGGUCAGAGGAUUCUUUGGUGCAACAGCUGUCACUUUCACAUCUCAAUGUUAGCGCAGUUAAACGAUUGCAUAGGAGCCUUAUUACAUUUAGAACCGAACGUUAUUACAUUGAGGGCUUUAUUACAUUUAGGACCAAAUGUUAUUACAUUUAGGACUUUAUUACGUUUAGAACAGUUAUUACAUUUAGGACUUCUACAGGCCUAUCAUGCCCACUCAGGUAGCCAAUCAGAACACAGGAUUCACUUCAUCUUGCCCGUGUGCGCUGCUAACUAUAUGAUAAAGUGACUUACAGAGCAAGAUAUCUACUGACCAAUCACAUGUUAUCCCAUUUCACGAUCACAGGUCUCGACAUGUUGCCUUUUUUUUUUUAACCAUUGAGCUACAACAAUCAACACAAGAUGGUCAGUUGAUGGUCUUAUGAACCAUUCUUUUUUUUCUUUUAGCCCCUUAUGACAGGUUCAUCAGUUCCUGAACCGAAAUAUUGGGAAAACAUAUAUUUUACAGUUGAUCUCAAGUUUGUAUUUUAUUUUUUGUCUUCAUCUCUUCUUCCCGCCGUGAGGGAAGAAAAUGAGUAGAUAAAUAAAUGAAUGAAAAAAGAAAGUUCAAUAGUUUCUAAUAUCCCAGGUUCAAAAUUGAAUAAAUAGUCAUUCUUAAAAAUGAACUCAAAUGCUUCAUUAAAAUCAAUUGACACUGAAUAACAUUGAUGUGCAAAAUUUCAAUUACACUACUGAUAAUAAUAAUUUUUUGGAUCAACAUUUGACACAGCAAAAUCAUUCAAACUGCUCUAAAAUGGUGCAUCACUACUGAAGACUUUAACACGAACGAUAACGUCAAUAAUAGCAUGCUAGUUCAUCAUCAAUUGCAGUCAAUUUCUUUUCCAAAAAGUCUUAAUGAUUACGUAGCAAUCGAUUCCAUCCUAUUGAGCUUCCAGCCAAGCACUAGCCCACUUUGGGCUGGAAAUGAUUUUCUUCAACUCGAUCAAUAAACCGCUUUAAGGAUCAUACUUUGACUGCUGAUAUUUCUUAUGUCUAGCAAGUAAAAAAACGCUGACUGAUAUCAGCGAGCCCGUAAUGUGACAUGUAUGCUGGUCAGCGGUUUUGAUGCAACAGCUGUCACUUUAACAUCUCAAUGUGGAUGUCCGCUAUAACAACAAUGCACUGAAACGAUUGCAUUGGAGGCUGAUUACAUUCAGUACUAAAUGUUAUUACUUUUAGGACCAAAUGUUAUUACAUUUAGGACCAAAUGUUAUUACAUUUAGGACUAAAUGUUAUUACAUUUAGGACCAAAUGUUAUUACAUUUAGGACCAAAUGUUAUUACAUUUAGGACGGUUAUUUCAUUUAGGACUUCAACAAGGUUUCUUUCAAAAUCACCCUUGUCAAAAUAAUGAUUAUAAACUCCUGUGCCAUUGAUUAGUCGGAUUAAUUAGACUGCUGAUGCGUCGAUGACGCUUAUCAUAACUUCUGUGUUAAUGAAGACCAAAGAAAAGUACGAUCGCAGUAAAGCCGUAAAAGAUAUCGAGUGUUUUUUGAUGGCAAAAGUGCAACCACAUAAGCCUCUUGUUCUAACAGAUCUUAUUUACAAGACAAAUGCGUUCCCCGUUGUUUAGGAGAUCAAACAGCACAGCAGUCGUUUUUAAGAGAGCUGAAAGUGCAAGAAAAGUCCACAAAGGGGGGCUUUAGUGUUGUCAAACUUCUAAUUUCGUAUGCAUCCUGAUCGAGUACUUUGCGGCGAAACUAACUCGAUCUGUUAAACUAUGUAACGACGCUACAAGAUUCUUGAUCAAGAAAUGGAGGGUAUCCUUACCCAACAAUGGUGCUCAGCGUUGGGUUACAAACAGGUAAGUUAACAGAAUUCAUGUUUGAAAUUCCAUAAAGCAUUACUCGGAACAGCAUUAUUAUAAUCACGACUUAACUGUUUUGAUUCGGUAACGGCCGUGAGAAACCAAAAGUCGCAUUUUACAUUGACAUCCCUUUAAAAACGGACUAGGGUUUUUCACCUUGAAUAAGGAUUCUGCUUUAAAUUUUGCACUCUUAAACAUAUUUAUCGCAGCAGGAUUAAGCUAUAUUAGAUGCAGUUAUUAAGAGCUAAUAAUGUCAGCAUGCAUCAAACAAACAGCGGCAAGUAACCCAACCAUAAUUUGACCAUAAUUUGACUUUAGCCGGUAAAGGAAUCAUUAAUGGAUCUGGACAUUUUAGUUUUCUGAAUGAAGUAAUUCCUGAAAGGUUUUUCUAGUUGUCAUGCAAAGAGGAAAAAAUACCCAUCUCUUUGUAUUUCGGAGGUUGAUUCAUCUUUGAAUUUCUGUGUCACGCUUGUCACGCAGCUGAUAUAAUAAGAUAGAGAAGAUAUGUAAACUGGAACUCAAAUCUGGCUAGAAUGUGGUAGAGCAUAAUUAACGUGAAACAGCUGAUAAAAUCAUAAAUAAACAAGGUAAGAGUGUUCUGUUAGAUUUUUUUGCAAAUUGUAGUGAUUUAUGUCAGUUAACGGUGGCGACAAGUAGGCGCACCAUGUAUAUUUCAUGGUCGCUAGCAAGUAAAUUUUGCCGGACUUUGAGUUCGUCUCAAGAUAGAACAAUACCAAUACACAAGGAAGUUUUUACAGUACCUUAAUAACCAUCCUUUUGUCUUUUAAAAGUUUGAAGCUCAGUAGAUUCUGUCAUAUCGGUCAGUGUUAAAACUGUCUUUGUUUUGAUGCUACUUUUCGGCAUAGCAAAAGUAUGUCGGACAAAAAUAUUCACCAAAAAGUAAAUAUUUCUUUGCCAGCUUCAAUAAUGAAAGGGGAUCAAGUUUAGAUGAUAAAACAAAACAUUAUGUUGACAGAAAUGCCGGAGGUCAAGUGGAAUCGUUACAUGAGGUCACACAACUCGGGUAAUAUUUAAGGUGAAAAUUUCUAUAUUUGAGCGGUCGAACGAAAAAAGUCAUUUCUCAAAAACUAAAAUGUAUUUUCACAAAAAAAACUACACCACAAUUAUUAGAACAUAUUGGGCUAAAACAUAUUAAAGUAGGAGUGAAACGAAUUUUGGGUGACUUGCCACAAUAUUUCAAAUUUGUUCGAUGGAUGCUGACAUACUCUCUUAAAAAUUUGUAACCUCAUCGUCGUUAUGCUAAAUCUGGUAAAAAAUGGAAUAGUGUCUCCUUUUUGGUGAAAAUCAGAGUAGCACGAAGUAAAGCCCCCGCCAUGGAGAAAAAAAAACAUUAAGAACGUGCUUGGCACCAUUUAACAUCACAUCACCUUUAUUUCACCUCGGACUUACAAGAGUAGCUGUAUAACUAAUUUCUCCGAGAAAGAAAAAAACAGAAAAUAAAUAAAUAAAAAUAAAAUCGUAUAUUAUAUACAGUACAUUAACUACUAUCUACAUAAAUUACAAUUGCAUUGAUGUUCGAAAGAAAUUUGGCAUAUUUUGGUUCUGAACUCAUUCAAGGACGUUAAUGACCUUAGGUCCUCUGUUAGUUUGUUCCACAUGUUUGCAGAAGUGUAUCUGAAGGAAAGAAGACCAUAAGUGGUUGUGUUAACGUAUGAGAUAACAAGUUUCCUUGAUCCUCGUAAUGUUGCUUUCAGUAUUUGUCAUUUGAAAAAGACCACGUAUGUACUUCGGCAUCGUUUCAAACUGAAUUGCCUUAAAAACUGUUUUCAUCAUGUCUUGGCACCUGAUACUAUACAAAUCACUAGAAUUAAAUUUGCUCAGUAGCUCCUGGAACGAUACCGUUAGAGGCGACCAAAGAACCUGGCGGAAGUUUAUCAAAUGAUCAUCGUGAGAUCACACUUAAUUUCCUUGACAAUUCUAUUUAGGUCAUAAUCCAUUCUUGAACUUCUUGUUUUAUCUCAAUUUCAUCCAGUAGGUAUGGAAUAGGUUUAAGCAUAGCUAAUGAUAAAAGGACUCGAGCUGGGAGGUUGUCCAUGGUUUUAUAUUGAGGCUAUCCUGCCUGAGUUCGUAAAGAGUCUGAAAGAAUAAACAACGUAUGGUUUCCUCAAGUAGACAAAAUAACAGAGAUGGAAACUUUUUGGUGCGUCAUUUGAGUUCGUUCGGUGAGACCCCCUUUAUCAUAUAGAGAUUUAUAAACGUUCCUUUCUCUUUUUAAAAGGUUUUAAUGUUUUCUUUCUUCACUGGAAAAUGCACAAAAUCUUUGCAAGAUGUAUUGUUACGUAUCAAAUUAAUUUCGCGAGGCAUAUGCAGUGAAAAGAAAAUCGCUAUGAUGAAAACAUCGACACAGAUGCUUUUAUAAUCCUAUACAUUCGUAAGAAGCAGAGGAGAGAAAAACAUAUUUUUUCAUCAAUUAUUUAACUGAAUGCUUUUUAACUUUUGACCUUUAACUGAAUUUUUAAAGUUGAAGUACUUUACCGAGCUCACUUUUGGAUUCCUUAUAUUUGCAAAGCUAAGCAGUUGACUUAAAAAGUACGACGAAACAAAAUUUGCUUGCGACAAAAUGUCGUUUUUCAAAUCUUACAACUGUGAAACCUUUUAAAAUGGAAAACGCAGCUACAUAUAGGGAUGGUAAUUUCUAAAAAGGUUGUUUUGUUAGCUGCACAGCCUUAUUGAACAGAGAAAGUGUGGCUUGAUAGAAUAGGAAAUGAAUUUAUGAAUAUGUAAUAAUUUUCCUCAAACGACUCUGAAUUGCGUUGACAUUUUCAGAAACUAUCAGCGAAAAGCAAGAAAUUGUAUUUAAAAAAGAGAAUUUUAUGAAUUUCAGGAGAGGGUUAUUAUGGUGCUCAAUUAUUUAUAACUCUAAACGGAUCUGGCGGUAAAUUUCGUGAAUUAUCCACUCAUUUAGCUACCUCUUAUUCAAAAACCCUUUUUAAUUUCCAACUUUGAAAUCACUAAACGAAUAAACAAGUAUUUAAAUAAAUAUACAAAUGAAUGAAGUAGUAAAUAAAUUUAACUUUUUUGUUUGUGGCGAUUUAAACGCCGCUAUGAUCGCUGCAUGAAAACUUUAAAGUCCUCGUGAGUUUUGAUCCACUGAGUACUUUCAAAUUGUCAGUGCUACGCGGAGAAUUUCGAGAACAAUGUCGCUACGAGAAGCAAUGCGUGGGAAAGAGAUAAUAGACGAACAUAUGCCCAGCAUGUCAAUAGAAAUUACAGGCUCCUCGAUCAUAAGUUCUGAUCUUAAUUUUAGAAGCGAUCGCUAACUGCGAAGGAAAUUACUUCGGUAGCUUAAUAAUCCCUUUGUAAAGGUGAAGUAUUUUUCCCGUUUUUUAUUAGCUUUACUGUAUAUUUUUUCAGUGUUUACAGUUUGUGACCUUACGACUUUCAGAUGAAUUAACCAAAGGCAAUAGUGACAAAAUUGAACUCGUUUGGCUUAUUAAUAUUUACAAGUACGAAAGCCUUUGGCAAAAAGCGAGAAAGGUCUCAGGUCUGGUGUUUCAGUGGGGAACAAGUUUAAGGUACCAAGUGGUAUGUUUAUGUUAAAUCUUGCCAGCAAAACUGGCCCUCAGCUGAUAAAUUGCAACUUUACUUCUUAGUUAUCUUUAUUUCCUUUACGGGAUCUGGAGACUGAAAGUUAAAUGUGCGGGUAGAUACGUAUAUUAACGAAUCAUACUGUAUUUAAAAGCUCGAACUUGGAUGUCUAAAUAGUCAUUAAUUACCUCGAAGUUAAAAACAAUAUUUUAAAGUAAACCUCAAAUGUCGAUUGAUUAAAGGGACGAGAUCCAAACUCCGACACCUUCAAUAGAAAUGCAGGAUUUUAAGACCCCUUGAAAAGGCUGAACAAGAUUUUGAGAUAAGAUAAAAAAUUAUGUGAGACUCCGCGAUUCGUGAGGGCCAUAAUGACGUAUUACGUUGGUGUUGGCGAAUCGGUUGCCUGUGGGAGUGGGUGUGCAGAGUCUCACCGGUACACUCAUAGAAAGCGAUUGAAAGCCAACUUUGCCAGUGUUCAAGGGAACAAGGUUAAGGUUGAUACAGUCAAAACCUGUAUUAAGCGGACAUCCACGGGGAAUGACCGCUUCAUACAGGUUCCACAGAAUAAAGAAAUUACAAAGGAACGAUAAAAAAAACGUGAUUUUAUUCCAUAAUCGACCACUUAAUGUACGAAAUGCGUCAACAAUACUACCAUCAUGGAUAAAGACCACUGAGCAGAGGUGACCGCUUAAGAGAGGUGAAAAGUACAGUACUUCAGUUGUAAAAAAUUCGGAACGUUGCCGCUCUGUACAGGUACGAAUGCGAUGAAAAAGAAGGUUAAUCUUUCUAUCGUGAUACGGGCGUAUGUUUUCGUCAAGGAAAUGAUUAUCGAGUGAUAUGAAUUAUAUUGUAAUGGUGAUCAGUUAGCUUGCAUACACUGUCGAAUGUGUAUGAGUCUACUUUUAAAUUUUGGAUAUAAUUAAAUUAGCGAGGGAGCCAAUAACAGUAGUUUUUGCAAUUGUGUGGGCACAAUUCCAUCUGCAUGGACGAUCAAAAGACAUAGUCUUAAUAGGGAAGGAUAAAAUUAACUAAAUGACCAUCGGAACCUUUAUCAAUUAUCCAAUCAUAAUUCUGGUGCAUGCCUGAAGAGCAAACAUUCACAUGUGGGAUGCGGCUGUGAUGAUAAAAUGAUUUCGUGAUUUAAGUUGAAAGGGUGCGCUGUAAAAAAAAUUAGUAACACUUGCUGGUUUCUCUAAUCUUUUUUCUCUUCUUUCUAUCUCUUUUUUUUCAAGCGCGCCUUUUAGUCAACAUUUCUACAAAUUGGUAUAAAGUACUAUAUUUCGAAUCUGAAUUUUUGUUGACAUGAAUGAACGUGUGGGAUCUUUAAAAGCUUGGAUGAUGUCUUGUUGUUGUUGUUGUUUUUCCUCGGUAUAAGCAAAACGAUAAUUAAAAAUAAUUGUAAAAUCAGGCAAAGAAGCGGUUGAUAAUUAAUUGGUUAGGAUGCUGUGGAACUGUUGUGUUACAAUGGCCGUUUUUAUGCUAGAGACGUUAAAGUUGUCUAAGACGUUAAAGUCGUCUCUCCAAUAACUGCGGUAGCAUUCUUGCCUUGGCGCUUGGAAAAACAUAAUUACUGCAAUAGAAGUACUCCCGCUGAAACUAAAACAGGUACACACGGUAUGCAAAUCGGUUACCUACUGAUUUUGCUUCAAAUGUUUUUAUUUUUUGGUUAUGUUUGAUGUUUCCCGCCAAGAGCACCAUUCAAAGAAUGAACUUUCGAUAAGACAGCGAAGAGAUAUGAGUAAAUAAGCGUUGCAAUUAUGACAUCAGAGAUUUGAAAGCAGAAAUUAAAAUGAUUGCUCCGUUGAGGCCGAGGCGAUAAUUAAGAUUUAUUUCAGCUAGAUUUCUAGCAUGAUAUCUUUAAACUCGGGAUCUCAUGUAAAGAGAGUCAAUUAUUCAUGUUAUUUUAUUGAAUUGAGCAAAACAUCUCUCUCAAAGAGAGUAUCCAAACAGAAGAAAUUUCUGGUCUGAGGUUCCUUUGUGUCUUUCAUCCUCCCUGUCUUUUACCAAGAAUUUAAUUUUAAAAUACUAAGAUGAUUCAACUUUAAAUUGCUAUUGUGUGCUUAAACCAAGUAAUGUGUUGAUUUGUCUACUAACACAACGUGCAAAUUUUCCUUUACAUCAAUAAUUCAUCGCUGUUAUUGUACUCAGAGAACUCGCUUUCUCAUUGGCCUUGGUAUUUUUAUUUACCCUACGUACGACAGUAUUUUAUUAAUAGUGAUUUCUUCACAAUUAUAGAAUUAGAAGCCCCUCGAAAAUUUUUUAACAAAAAUACUACAAUUUGUCAACCUCUAAAUCGUUUUUGUCAAUAUUUUAGGUCACAAUGGGAAUCCUUAGAAAACUCUCUCUGGUGGCUCUUCUCUGUGAAUUUCUCUACAUGGCUGGAGCCAGGUAGGUUAUUCGUUUGAAUUUAGCACAUUUAUUUUGACGAUUUUUCCAAAAAAAAAUUCUUUCAAAGAAUACGCUACAGCAGUCUUUCAGAUAUAUUGUUCCAUGUAAAGUCAUUCUCGCAAAACCAAGACGAGUUCUCAUAAACGAGGUUUAUCGGUUGGUGUGUUUAUCAUUUGCUCGUGUAACGCCAAGGUGGUCAAGAUAAAUACGGAUAGCUCUGUGGUGAUACAUCAAAAAGGGUAUUCUCACUCAUGGCCCGAAAUUUUUGUUUUUACGUUUAGCUUGACUGUAAUUUUCAUCAUCGAGAAAGCCGGAGUACUUAAUAUUUACCUCUAAUUUGAUUUAAAUUUUGAACAUGUGGCUCAUUUGUUUGGUCUGAAGUAGACUUUGAAUGGUAUGAAAAAAAUUGUGUCCCUCAUUUGAAUCUGGUAUGGUGACCUCUUAGUACACGGAAUCUACCGAAAUACGGUCUUCGCAAUAAUCGAGAUUAUAAUGCAUCUUGUUUGCCCCUUUUUAUUAAGUAUAAAAUUUUCAAACACCUGCUUCACCAUAUUGUUCCAGAAUCGAAUCUAACUGCAGAAUAUGCGGAGUAGUUGCACUGAGAAAGUCCUUAGUUAAUCGACUGUAGCAGUGUAUCGUUCUCGUUUAUUGCGUUAAGGCUCACAAAGAAACUCCUCUAUUGUAGUUGCUUACGCACCAAACGCUUUUGAUAAGUACAAUUUUGAUUUUAUAAGGACUGAAUUCACUCGUAUUUUUAUUAUUCAUAUCCUCGUAUCUUAAGUUUGGAAUUUCAGCUAUCACUAAUCAUUGCUCUGAACAGAUGAUUUGUUUUUAUCAAAGACGAAGGGCUAACGCUCGAAACGUCAGCUUAUUAACUCUUCAAGGAGGCCAAUUCACGUUAUCAACUCAGUUGAUGAAACCAAACUAUCUUAUUCAACAUAUACUCCCCGCAGACGCAGCACCACAGUUUCCUCAGAAACUUUUCCUCUUUUAUCCAUUGCUCUGAAGACACUAAGAAUGUUUUUUUCACGAUAACAAUUUUCCGUUAGAAUCUUUACGAUGUCAGGCUCCGGUUCUGUGGAGGUUAAAGACACCCAAACCAACCAAUGAAACAGGACGGACAAGUGCGUGGGCAUGAUAUACAGAACUAUGUGUGAAUUGUUUUUUUUAUCAACUAUUGUGGUCACCUGUGAUCUAUAGCUAAACAGUACAGACAGAAAUUAGCUCUUUGGAAAUUGUCCCAAAACCGCAAACCUCGCUGAUAUUACUUCUCUUCAACAGCAGUUCAAGAAACAAGACCGUGUCUGAAAUUCUUGACAGACUAUUAAUGAAGGGAAACUACGACUCGCGGUUAAGACCCCAUUAUAACGGUAAGUAUAUUUGAUAGCGUUCCUCCUCUUCUCGUUUCGUAGAUAGAUAUUCUGAUUAUUAUAAAAAGAAGUAUAUUAAACUUUACCGCUUAAAUCUAUUAGAAUCCUUCCCUGAGGAACAGUUUGUAAUGAGCCAGCUUCCCCUGUGGAUAGAGUCGACAGCCUAAUUGAUUAAUGAAAUAAUUGAUUGACAGGUGGGCCUGUAGAUGUGACUGUAGGCUUCUGGGUUCUUUCAAUUGAUGCAAUUAAUGUGAUGGAUAUGGUAAGUUAUCAACCGUAAAUAAGUGUUCUCAUUGCCUUAUGUCGUGGUUGACAGCCAGGACAUAUUUGAAUACAUAGAUUACACAAGGAAAGUUCUGCAGUACGAUAGCGCAAAGGAAUCCUUUAUGACCUGCCUUAAUUUAUUUUGUAUAAGUAGGCGAAACCUGUAUGAGCUACAUCAGGAGCACUAAAGGUGAAUGCUACUGGCUUCAAGUAUCCAUUUACAACAUUUCCUUUACUUAUCAUCUAUAUGAUACGCAAUUCUCUCUGGUAGGGCGAACUAAGAGCCUUCUUUGGCUUUUGAUUUCUAAACAGGACUUUUCGCUGGACAUCUUUUUGCGUCAAGCGUGGCGAGACGAGCGACUUGACCACGGCCUCAAUCAAACCAUGUUUCUUAGCAACUUUGUGUUAGACCGUAUCUGGAUGCCAGACUCGUAUUUUGUGAACGCCAAGCAAGGCUCUUUCCAUAAAGUCACCACGGACAAUGUGAUGAUUAUGAUCAAACCAGGAGGGAUGGUUUACUACAACGCUAGGUAAUAGUCACGUGGUGACCAAGCUGAGAGGAAUGUUUAGCCAUAAGAAUGGUCAAAAGAAUGAUCUUUAUUGCGGAGGGAGGGGCGGGGAAUAAAAACCUGAGUAAGGAUUGUGACCCCAGCUGAGCCUGCAGUAAGAUGCUCCAUGAAGUAAGCAGCACAGAAAUUGUCAGCGAUCGAAGACACAAGCAAUGUUGAAAAUGUUUGUGGGUGUUAGACGUAGUUGUAGUUUAGAGUUCAAAAAAAGGCAGUAUUUUGGCUGACUUUAUUUAUCUUUGCAGGCUGACGAUAAAAGCAGCCUGUCCUAUGGAUCUAAGAAAAUUUCCCAUGGAUACUCAACAUUGCCCGUUAACAAUUGAGAGUUGUAAGUCUGGUUUUGGAAAUCCUUGUAUACUUAAAUAGCAACGACAGUAACUAUCCAAAACUAACAAACCUGCGAAACAGAACAAACAAAGUGAUCCCCAUUGUUGAGAAGACAGCGUAGCUUACUUUGUAGAGAGCGCCGGGGUGGAAGAUUAUAGGAGGGAGAAGAGAAGAAGGAGCCAUGAGAAGGGUGUUGGGAAGAUGAAGAUGAGCAGAAGAAUGAACAGGGAGUGGGAAAGGGGGAGAAGAAGCAGAGGGAGGACAGAGAAGGAGAAGUGGGAGGACAGAGAAGGAGAAGUGGGAGGACAGAGAAGGAGAAGAGGGAGGGCAGAGAAGGAGAAGUGGGAGGACAGAGAAGGAGAAGAGGGAGAACAGAGAAUGAGAAGUGGGAGGACAGAGAAGGAGAAGUGAAAGGAGAAAGAUGCAAAGUGGAAUAAGGUGGAGGAGUUGGGGCAAAAGGGGUAGGCAGUGAACAGUGGAGAUUUUCUAAAUCUUAUCGCUGUCAAAAUUGAUAGUGGAGCCAUUAACUUGUGGAAGCACUCAAUUCUUGUGACUGGAGUUGGCAGCGCCACUUGUAUGUCAAUAAUCACUUUUUCUUCUUCCUAAAUUUUUCUUAGUAACGAUUACAAGUGAGAGGCUUUAUGGCAAUCAAGAAAGAAAUAUCAGCAACACCUCAAUGAUUAUAAGAAUGAUUGGGAGAAAACAAUGUUCUCAUGUUCUUGAUGCUGAUAUGCUUUUAUCGAUAGAUGGCUAUAGUGCUGACCACAUCAGAUUCAGAUGGGAGAAUGAACUCACAGAUGGAAUGUCAUUUGUGCCCGGAAGCACCAAAAUGCUGCCUCAAUACCGAUUAACUCAGCUCAGUCUGGAAAAGACCUACAACAAAUACGUAGUCGGUGAGUGUGACUAGAUAGGAUUUUAGUCAAAGUUAAUUUAUAAAGGUGGCAACAUUUUCAAACAGUAUCUACUUCGUCGAUACAAUUUCAGAUUAUAACAUUGGAAAGCAAAAGGUAUAAAGCUCUAGGGUUGCAAUUAAUUAUUGAAACAAGCUGGGCACAUGAUUUCACUUGUCUUGCGCACUGAAAUAUGUCUCGUCUUCCUGUGUCCCUUCUUGAUUACACUUCAGCGCGUAAAGUGUUGUCGGCCUUUCGCAUCCGUAGCAACGACUUGUCUGGAGAUGAGGCCUUUAUAAUAGGGACAGGGAAUAGGAAAUGACGUCAAUGAUUUCUCGCUGAGCCACCUAAUAAAUCGUUAGGAAAAACAUGGAAAGGGCUUACCAGUCAGAAAAUAAUUUUAACCUACUUCUGUCGCAGAUGGCUGAAAAGUAAUCUUUAUCAUUUUUUUUAGCUCAAAACACGACCCCUAACAAGUAUCCCAACUAUACAUUACCAUUCGUCAGAACCCAAAAGAUGUUUCUAAACAAAACGUACAGGAAGUAAAGAAAGACGUACAGCUCCCGUUUUAAAAGUUUAGAUCAAAAUAUUUAAGUUUUAAUUUCUCCCCAGGAAAGACAAUUCUCUUUUUUUUAUCCCCACCAGGUAACUGGUCGGGUAUAAAGGCAACAUUUACGUUUGAACGAAUGUCAAGUUACUUUGUAAUCCACGUGUAUGGCCCAUGUGCAUUGAUCGUUAUCAUUUCUUGGAUCACUUUCGUGCUGCCCCGCAGUUCUCCUCCUGCGCGCGUCACACUGGGAGUUACUUCUGUCCUAACCGUUGUUACCAUUCUUAAUUUGCUCAACAAUUCCAUGCCAAAGGUAAAAUAUGAACGAUCCUUGAUAAAUCUAACUAACUCGAAUAAGCGAGUAAAGUUCUAAUAUCUGUCGUCCAAAUCCAUUAUACGAAGUGAAACAUGCUAUUUCCUAACGGUAUCUGUAAACAAACUUAACUUUCCUUUUUCCCGCGGACUUACGGUCUCAAAAAUAGUUUUAGUUACAGUGGUGAAAUGCUCUGGAACAGUCUACUACUGUAACAUUAGAAAGACAGAAUCGCUAAGUCAAUUUAAGCAUUUACUCCAUCUCAAAUUUAUAUAUGAGAUACACGGCAUCCAUAGAAAACAAGCUUUAGUUGGUGAAUUAAGUAGAAAUAUAUGCACCGAAGUAAGUAAUUUGUUUAGUUAAGAUAACGCUCUUGGCUUUGACUGUUCACGAGUGUAUCGGACGUGAGAGUGAAGCUAAAUAAAUGCUUUGCCAGACUUGACUUUUGCUUUUAGUUUUCAUUGCAAGGCAUUACAUUCAAAGGAAGGAUGUCUAAUAUCUUGAAGAUGGUAGAUUUUUCGUCAAUGUAGCUCGUCAUUAAUGUCUUCCUUUGCUAUUCUCUAUACAGGUGAACUAUGUCAAAACCAUCGACAAAUACCUGAUUGGAUGUUUCCUUUUCGUUUUCGCAAGUUUGAUAGAAUAUUCACUGGUGCUGUUUCUGGCAAGAAGAAUGAAAAAAUAUAAAGAAUCCGACAAUCACCAGAAGAACAAUGACAAAAACAUUGCAAAAUGCUCUUGCAGUAACAGAGCAAUCAGUAAUGGGAAUGUCGCCGUUUCUAGGGUAAGAAACACUCCAGUCUUUCUAAUGGAAUGGAGAUCGAAUCUCUUUGCUAUCCACGUUCCUUACUCAGUCGUUUCUUCGAGGUACGAAUCAAGCCCAAGCGUGAUUAUACCUUCUUAACUAGUUACAGAAGAAACGAAAAUAUGGACUUGUCGCAGAAAGUAGUGAAUGUAGCUCCCAGUGUUGUGGUCUAACCUUAUUUCCAAAACUUCGGGGCGCCUGCAAAUUUCCUUUGAAAUUGUAAACUGCUCAAUGCUGUCUUAUCAAGUUCUCCUUAAGUUGUUGUAAAGUGCAUUAGAGUAAAUUUGUAAUGGCAACAGGACUGAAUGGAAUCCAACUUGGAAUGUAAUCAUUCGGGUGAUUUUUCAAUCCCGAGUAUGAUGAUAGACCGAGUUGAUCACCACUAAGUCCUGUUAUCAAUAUUAUUAAUUACACCAUUACAACUUCCAAAUGAGAAAAUCCAUCUAAUUCAGAAAAUAUCUCGUGUAAAAAAUUACUUGAUUUUGGAAAUUCCCUAGUUUUUGCGAUUGAUGGACUUAGCUGAGUGGACUUAGUAUGAUUUAGCCACUUCUAAUUGUCUGAUUACAGGUGUCCGAUUACAGCCGACUGUCUGAUUCCACUGUCCGAUUGCAUCUCUGCAGAAUAAUUAAUGAAAAAUAAAGCAGCUAAUGUACCAAUCACAUUUGAGGAAAUUGUAACAGCUAUGAUUAGUAAAGAUAAAGCAUGCUUGAUGUAGAGGCCUUGUGAUCGAACAAGGCAGAAAGAACUGAAAUAACUUUUAAGUGCGGAUUUGGAUGUCCUUAACGCACAAGUCAAACUUGAUCCUCUGUUCAUGUACACUUUUAAAUUAAGCAAAACAAAUCAUCAAUUAUUCGGCAUUAUCUAUUGCGCUUGAGCGAAUUCUUACUUAAAAUGUGGAAAAGGAACAUUUGCAAUAUCUUAUAAAUUAUAAAAUCCUACAUAUUUGAAACUAAGACGUUCAUUACCAUCGUUUACAACCUCCCUUAGUUGCCAUUCUUGUUUCUUUUUGUUCAUCACACAGAGAUAUAAGCAAGACAAGAUCUGCAGCCCGCAGCUGGAGAUGGUUGAAUUUGCAAAAAUGGAGCAAGAGCUGAUGAUAAGUGAUCCUUCUGCAGAUAAAAGUGUUGAAAACAAAUGGCUGAGCCUCGAGAAAUGGAGAAAGAAUUUGUACACAGAGGCCAGUGUUCUGGCAGUGGACGAAAUUUCACUUGUAUUAUUUCCAGUCAGUUUCGGUAUUUUUAACCUCAUAUACUGGACUUCUAUCGCCAAAGAUACAGUAUUGUAAAGGCUUUGGCUGUUCAAAGCCUUCUUUCCCUUUCGAUUCGCCUCGUUAGUUUUUCCUCUUAGAGAAGUGUUUGAUCGAAAAGAAAGAUAAACAAGCGAACAAGCAAUCCAGCACAGAGGCGUACUGACACGUAAAAACAGAGCUUACAUCGGUUUCGUGGCAUGAAGCGACAAAGCGUUGUAACAACUAUCCCCUGAUAGGAAGUUAGUUCGUUACAUGUUGCCUCCAACAUUUGAUCACUUUUCUUGCUUGACUCUCCACAUCCCUGAGUGGAGAAAUGGAUGUGUCUCUACCUAAGGAUAAUCCUUCCCCUACGUCUCAUCGUGCGUGGGUGUUUAUAAGUAACUAAAUCGAACUGCCAAAUGUUGAGCUAAGAAUCCAUUCAUAUUAAAUAAUCAUAUUCAUUCCGUUUGCCCAGGAGGACGGAGUUUCAGCAAAGAUUUGCUUUAAUCUCUUAUUAGAAACAUAAAUUUAUUCUUUAGUAGGGGAUCCUAAAAGGAAAAAAGCGAUGAAAUAAUGAAGACUGUUUAGAUAUGAUCAUGGGUAAAUAAAUGAUGGUUUGGUGAUGUUAAAGCCAAAUAACUAGUUCUGAUAAAUAUCCAGCCUGGGGCUUUUUUGGUACAAGGUACGACCACUCUCAACACUGACAAGCUGAAGGCAAACACUUACUCCUGGGGUCGUAUCCACAACAAAGAAAACACAACGUCGAUAAACAUCAACAAAAUCCACAUAAAUUGUGUAUAAAAGUUGUUUACAUUAUUACUUAGCGUUUUGAUCGAGAUAGUAGUAAAAUAUAAGUUGUUUUUCCUUUAACCUUACAAAUAAAGGAGAAUAAAGUAAAGUUGUUUAUGUUUGUCAAUACACUUUGGGACUUGACAUGGUAUUUUCAUAUUAAAGACUCCCUUGGUAAAGCCAUAAAAGACUGACCCCUGCUUUCUCUAACCUAAAUUCCGUUAGUAGCAAAUGCUUGCCGUUAGAAUCAAAGAUAACGGCAUAUCUAGAUCUAUGGGAUACAAUACACAGCGUAGAUUUAACAUGUUGUCAUGUUAUGCUACAGGCUCUAUUUGAGCUAACAAAUUUUCGCUUUGCAUACUUAAUUUUCCUUUCACAACCAUGAUCAUUGACCAAUUUUCUCCCAACUGAGAAUAUGUUGACCGGCCCUAAUAUAAAAAGGAGCAGUUGCUACACUUUCUCUUUUCUGCACAUGCCUAAGACAUGUUAAGAAUAUCUAAGGAUGAUAAACUGAUUAUCAUCAAGGACUUUGUCGGAGGUUCAAUUGCAUUUACGGUUUACUUCCUUCAUCUUCGUUUGACACAAGUACGAAUUUGUAGCAUUAUCAAUGAUUUUCACUUCUUUUUCCUAUCUUAAGAUAGAAAAAAAUAAAUCAACUACUUCAAUAUUCAAAGAAUGAAAAUGUCUUCACGUGAUCACGCACUAAAAGGUAAGGGUAAGGGAGCACAAACUCAGUUCACGCUAACUCUUUCGAGGUUCACUUUAAUGUGGUUGCAAAUUUCCCUCUUCUUGGCUUUGACUGGUACAUCGCGGGUGUGCUUGGUUGUGUUUGUUUUCAUAAGAUGUUGUUAUAAGAUGAAUUCUUUGGGAAAAUAUGUAAAAUGAGAUAACACUUUCCACCUGCUGCGAGUAAUUUAAUGUGGUUUUAAUCAACCACUUUUAAUGUUUACGACAAGGACACUAGGACAAUCGAAGACUCAUUACGAAAAUAGGAGAAUAUUUAAUCGAAUUAUCUCAUUUCGUGAGUUUUUUUUUCUAGGGGACCGAAUAAACCCAGAAAAAAAAAAGAAAAAGUAAAAGAAAGAAAACUCAAGUGGAACCCUGCAUGUUUUUUUCAAAGGCCUCGAAAUAUUUUGCAAAUUUAGGUCUCUAGUACCAUGAAUAAUUGAUUAAUUUUGUGAAGUACAAACGCUUCAAUAUAAUGCAUCUUGUGAGCGAUUGACAAACGUUUGUAAAUGAGGUAGCAGUGAAAUAACGGUCUUUCCAUUGUGUUAUUUAUCGCUUGCUGUGUGUAUCAAUUACACAGCAUUGUCAGGGUUCGUAAAUUUAAUGGAUUUGUUUACUUUUUGCUGACUUCACCGACAACGGGGCGUUGAUUUGUCUACGGUACGUCUUCUCAUACUUUCCAUUUCAUUAAUAAUGGACCUUAGAAAACUAAUCACAAGCAACGCUUAUUUCUUAUUGGCCUUGUUAAUUUUUUCCAAUCUAUAUUUAAUUCUGUUUUGCUUCAAAGUGAAGUCCUGGGACUAAAAAUUUUAAAUCGACACACGGAUGAUUUACACUGCUGUCAAACUCCACGAAAAACAAAGACCGGAACAAUGAAACAUCGAAGUAGUUUCACUUUAAGAUUUAUAUUCCUUGGAUUUCUUUGCAUCGAAAGCGCCAGGUGGGUCACGUAAUAAUGUUUAAUCCAACACGUUUAAAUUUACGAAUAACUUGCUUAACACGUCCGCUGCUCGGCGCCAACGGCAUUACAACUUGGUGUGUGUAUUACGCGUGGACUUGAUUCAAUUAAUUGCAAUUCGCCGUCUUUCCUACUUACAUCUGUUACUUUUCUAUUAUAAUUUGUUAGUCAGCCUCGCUUUUAUCCUAGUGUGGCGGUACAUAAUCAGUACACACCAGCCGAGCGGAUAAAGAAACACUGAGAGACAACAGGCGAUAAAACAUUAUACCAAACAGGAAGCAAGCCAUUUUGAGCUGAAUAUUAGUCAUAACUUACAACGAAAAAAAGGCGUUCCAAAAACACAGUUUAGGGAAAGAGCUGUUACAAUUAUCUUUCACCUAUUGUUCCAGAAUUAGCGUUUACAAUGUCCACAUGAUCUUGCCGCGAGUAGUUUCACGCUGGCAUACAGAACAGAAGAGGAGACAGAGAGAGGAGUGGGGAUGUGUGAGGAAGAAAGUAUACAGAAAACUAACAAAAAGACUGGCAUAUGAUUUUAUUGCCGAUUCUGAGGGGCAAGAGCAACGUGGAAUCGAAUGAAGGAAUGUAAAUGAAAAUUUUAGUUUUACUUCGGAAUCAAAAUACUUUCCUAUGCGUCCUUCGCUAAAAUGGAAUGUGAAAUUGGAAAUAUACAUUAAUAUAGAUCUAGGUUUUCUCACUAAUUGAUGGAUGAAAAGGGUGAUCCAAAAUCUAUGAGGAUAGAGCUAGAAUCACGGCGCGGCACUAAGCCUUUGAUGCAAAGCUUUAACGUUGAAUGAAAAACGAGGUCUGAUGCUAAGAUACCAGAGUCUGUAUUCAAAGGUGUGUUAUCUUAUCAAUGCACCAGCGCUUCUCUCUUAAACAUUUUGAGAGGAAAACUUUCCUCCUAGAUUUCCCUUUGAUCCAUGCCGAGAACAUUUAAGGCAAUCAUAUAAAUUUUUAGCAUUUGUUCUUCCAUAUUUUUUCUUAAAGUUUAACAAAGAUCUGGUGACGCUCAACUAUUGCCGAGAUCGCUUGCGAAAGAUUACAAUAAGUAGUGCGUGUAACUAAGCACAAGUUGAAGUAUCACUUGGGAAACAGGUUUUAGAGUAAAGUAGAAAAUCUUGAUAACGAUCACCUUAUUGAAAUGGAUUACUUACAGACGAAGCCAUGAUUGAAAGAUUAUAAGACCAAACAAGAGAUUAGGAUCAGGAGCAAUUUUCGCCCGUCUAUGGUAGACAUAAUUUUUUUUUUUAAAACGCUCUUUCCCUUUAGUCUAUAGAUUUGAUGUGCCUGUUGUCAUUCAUUACCGUUCACUCCGAGAUCGACACUAUUUAAAAGCUGGACUCGAUAUUGCCUCAAAAAUACUGCAAAAGUGCAGUUAUGGGUUAUACAAAAUUUCAUUUUCCAUAAGAAACACACAGCGGGAAAUUUGUAUUUUCUUGUAUUCGUAGACAGAGAUUUUUAUCGUAGAAAGCGGUACCUUUGUGCAUAGAGUUUUGCUUGAUUGUUUUGCUAUUCAUUGCUGAAGAAUAAAUAUGGAGGCUUGUCAAGAUAUGUGGACUGAUAAGGAUUAACUAGACUGGUGUUGACUGAGAAAGAAGUGCGAUUGGAGGAAUUACAUAGAUUGGAGUGGAAUUACUGUAUCUAGCUACAGUUUAGGCUUAAACAUGGCAUUUGUGUCUUUUUUUGGAAGACAUAGUAAUAAUUUGAUCACUAAAUUGUUACUCUCUGUUUUGUCUUUCGAAACUACAGUGCAAGUAACAAGACUGUUUCUCAAAUUCUCGACAAACUAUUGAUGAAGGGGCACUAUGAUUUGAGGCUAAGACCCAAUUAUGAUGGUAAGUUUCUUAUACAAGUCACUGUCCUCAACUCAGUUCCCUCAGAAUAACGAAGCAAUCAAGAUUGACACUAAAGGAUGAUCUUUCUUUAAAUCUUAAUUAAUGUCUGGCCCCGGUCUUUCAAAGUGUGAACAACACCGUCUAUUGGAUAAGUCUCUACCCUUUAGAUAGCGCAGUGUUUUGCUAAUACUUACCUGUUGGAUGUCGAUUUUUCCUUUGGAUCGUGUUAACCACCCUUUGUACAACUGAGCUCUGGCUAAAAUAGAUUCGGGUGGGGCAGUUUCGCCAGUUCCAUUUUUGUCAAAAACAUUGGAAACUUGUCGCAUGUACUAUAUAUCAUACCGUGUUCAUUUUUCUGUUUUUCAGCACUAAAGGUUUUAUUUACUUUUUGUAGGAUUGGACACCGUCAUACCGCAUGAAAAUAUUCAUGAUGAAGAGAGAAUAGUUUUUCGUCUUGUCACAAGCGUGAGGCAAAGAAAAAAUUCUGAGUCCUUUGAGGAACCGAACCUUAGACCUUCGGAUUCCGCGCUUCGAUGCUCUAUGUCGAAUCGAUACUCCGAUGUCUCACGCUCUCACGCUCGUGACAAGACGAAAAACAUCUCUCUCUAUUUAUUUUCCGAGCUCAAAACUUAACAUCUCUCUUAUUUCUAUCUACAAACAUUACGCUAUCGACAUUACUGAUACUAGCAGUAUGGAGGACGCGUGUCAAAUGAACUUCGUAAUAGACCUCGCUCACCAUGGAGUCUCUGUGGCUCAGUGGUAGAGCAUCGGAACGCGGAAUCCGAAGGUCUGAGGUUCUGUUCCUCAUGGGGACUCAGAAUUUUUUCUUUGUUUCGCGCUCGUGACAAGACGAAAAACAUCUCUCUAUUUCUUUAUCGAGCUCAAAACUUACCAUCCCUCCAAUUUCUAUGCACGUUAACGUCUUGUAUGUGAAGACAAGUAUCUUAACAACUGACUGUCAAGAGGGUUCACUAAGUGAUUAAUUGACUGUCAGAAUAAUUAAUUGAUUCUCUGGCUUUACUAUGGUGGUAACCUCUAUGAAUUGAAAAAGACCUUUUUGAGUUACUGACCGAAUCUUUGCUUUACUGAAUCACUGAUUGAUUUUUCGAAUUUACGCGAGAUUGAAUAACUCAAUGACUGACUGAUUGAUUGUCGAUUGAUUGACAGGUGGUCCAGUGGAUGUUACAGUUGGUUUCUGGGUUCUUUCCAUCGAUACCAUUAAUGUGAUUGAUAUGGUGAGUAAUGAAACGUAAAAGUCUAGGGAAGGAGCGAUUAGUCACCCCUUACAUUCAAAUAAUGAAAAUACACCACAUACUUUAUCUUUCAAACACUCAUUUAUUAGGUUCUAGAUAUUGUUUAUGUAAAAACCUUUUACGCUACCUGAUUUUACAGUUAUUACGAAUCUUAAUUGUGGUAUAAAACAAACAAACUUUAAAACAUCAUGUGAAAGAAUAUAACAUACAUACAUAUUUAACAUUAAUUCAACCAUUUUCUAAAAUAGAUCUCUUCCCUAAAUCAGUAUACUUCUUAACAGUGCAAGCAUUGCAAGAAAUUACACUCAAGAGACACUUGUGAGUAAAGCUUCCCUUUUCAAUGACUUAGCAAAUGCGGUAAUGUAAAGCAGCUUAUAAUUAAGACUGAUUUAAAGUACAGAAAAUUAUCAAAAUAAGACAGAGGCAACAAAUGGUCCAGUUCCUGCACAAGAAUAUAGAUCUUGUUUGAUUUGUGCAUAUGAAAAACAAAGAGCCUUAGAGCAGUAAAGAGUAUUCUUCCAGUGGAUUUGAGAAUACAUGCACUCAUAUUGCUACUUUAGAUAUUAUCAAAAUAUAAACUAUCAGCAAGUACUACCGCAGGUAUUUGCCAAGUCAUUGAAAAUAGAGGAAACAGUGACAAGAGUCUGCCUGUGCCCAAUUUCAAGCAAUGCUUGCUCUAAAAAAAGUCAAAAUUGCCUUUGACCGAUUGUAAGAAAAUAUAAAUGAGCCAAGUAACCCAAUGAGAGCAUCAAGAAUCUUUUCUUGUGAGAAGUGACAAAAUUACACUUCCCUCUGUUACUAUAUUCAGGUGAUCGAUGUAUUGAAGAUCUCCAACAAUUAAAAUUUGUGCUGGACAUAAUCUCUGAUUGCUGAAUCAACAUCAGCUACUCUAUGCAAUAAAAACCAGUUUUACAACCACAUUAAAAUCAAGCCAAAGUACAAAAAGUGCCUGUAGCCAGAAAAAAAAAAAAGAAUAUAUAUAUACACACUUAAGUUAAAGAAUUAAAGAGGACGCAUCAAUUCUCUGUGACUGAGUUUUGUGCCUAAGGGCUUGUCAGACAGAAAAGUUCUGUCUGACAAGUGCUUAAAUGCGAAAUUCAGAGUCACAUAGAACUGAUGUGUCCUCUUUAAUUCUUUAACUUAUGUAUACUUAGCUCUGCUACCACAGCAUUGAGCACUUUAUGCCAAGGUAGACUCUACCCCCACAUUUACAUAUAUAUAUAUAUUGUUUUUCUAAAACUACAAGCUAAAACACCAGAAAUGGAAGUGGAAGUUUAGCUCAAUGUGUGUAAUUUGUCUCCCAUUAAAGACUUGAAAAACUAAUGUAUGACUCCCAAAAUAUCUGAAAAAAUCAGCUAUUCUAUGUCCAAUAUUUAUCUAAUGGUUUGACAACAGGAAUAUUUUAAAAAAUUGCAAAAUCAAAAAAUCUAAACAAAAAGGCAAAAUUAAUACAACCCCAAAGUACUUGAACCUUUGUAUCUGGACUUCAUUGGCAAAUGGGCUCAGAAAUUUUAGCUGUUCAUCUUAGUACCAAAGUAGCAGUUUUUUGGACUUGUACCUCCAAAAUGGUCACAACUUCAUUAAAUGCAUGUGAUGACAAACACACAAGAACAAAGGUCAUGAACUUAAAAGGUGAGAGUGAUUAUUUUGCAACUUUUUAGUUUAAGUCAAGAGAUUCAGCACCACAAAAUUGUCUCUCUUCACUGCAAGCAGAAGAGGUGAAGCAAUAGAUUUUUAGACCAUACCAAUCCAUUCAGUUUCCAAGUCAACUUAGUCUAGUAUCCUGCUAACCAUACAAGGCUACUCUGCAAUAAUUUUUUUUUGCAAUCCACUGUUUCUCAGAGUACUUUAGGCUGCUGAUGAGAUAUCCCUUCUUGGUAUCCAACUCUACUGAGGCAGAGAACUGUACAAAAAAACAAACAAAUGAGCAAAUUAAUUUGUUGUUGGAGAACAGUAAAUUUUUGCAACUACAAAGUUGCAAAAUAUUUGUAAGCAAACUGUGCAUAAGAAGUAAAAACACAAUAAUGGUGAUCAUCAAUGAUGUAUUUUCACCAAACUGUAUAUGUACUUAUCAAGAAAAGAAAUCAUACCUCUAUGCACUUCAGUUUUAGUUCAGUAUUCAUGAAUAAAUAAGGAUUGCUUGUAGACUUAAAAAACAAAACAAAGAAAAGUUUCUUACCCUCGAUGGUAGUUGGAAUUUUGAAAGCCAUUCAGGAGGAACCUGUAGGUAAAUAUUUGUUUUCAAAAAAAUUAAACUGUCUGAUAACAUCCUAUCAAUUCACUAAUUUUUUAAUUUACCUGAUUUAAAAAUUGGGUUUACUUUGUUUUAUGCAUGGUGCAAGUAAAUACAUAUCUAAUAUAUUUCAAUAAAAAUAAAGCAAAUCUCGCCAUUUUUGUAGGUGCAAUCCCCGAGAUUUGUCAUCUUUAACUGACCAACUGGCACCUUGUGUGUUUUCCUUUAGGAUAUAAUCGAAAGAAAGUAAUCGAUAAUGUACUCUUCACCAUCCUGCUAAGUUUAAUAUACAAGAACUUACUUAGACAGUGCUCAGUUCUGUCGCCUCGUCCGUAAAACAGAGAUCCUUGGGCGAUUUACCCUUUUCUUUCGGUGCCAAUGUCACCUCUAAAUUUUCAUAAUCGCUGAUGUUAUCUGAAUCAUCAAUCGACGUUUGAACCGUCUUACUCGAAGGACUUGAUUCUGCACGCUGAAAGAGUGAGAGCCAAAAAAUCAGCUUAAGUGGAUGCAAACAAAGACAUAGACAUAAAAAUAUCAGUUCAUCUUUUCAAGAAAAAGAUUAAGAAUUCAGAGUGAGAGAUCCUAAAAUCAGAGAAUCUUGAAAUAAGUUAAAUCCAUCUUGUGCAAAUGCAGUAUUCGAACUGUAACCGUCUCUAUCUCUCGGCGCCAAAAUUUGAUCACGUGACUUUAGUUGCGAAACCGCUGAGACUCAACAAGACUCGGGAGAAGAGGCGAACCAUUCAUGCGUCAAAUUCUCUGGUAGGAAAAUUAAUUAUCGUACCGACGAAGAACUCGUGUCAUCUCUAGGUUCAGCGUUCAUUGCAAUCAAUUUCUUGAGCUUUAGACGCUCUUUCAUAAUAGGGAUGUAGUGCCUUGGUACGUCUGCAUCUUGGGCGAUGGCAAGGAGAUCUUGACCAUCGCAACCGUCUUUUUCUGCAAGAUAAGAUACGAACAAAGAUCAAUGGAGCGGUUAAGUUUGUGAAUGUAAAGUUGCAGUAAAAUACGUUGUUAAGAAAUUUCUUUUGCCUACCUUUCCUUUCUUAAGUCUCAUUCCAUGCGACUGUAGCCAAGAAACAGCCUCUUCAGUGACGAAUUCGCUGCUAUAAUUCAUUGUUUCCGACGCACGUGGUCUAGGUUCGACUAAUGCCAUCACAGGCAGCUCACGCUCACGUCUCGAGAAAAAGCCAACGAUUAAUUCGUUGUGUGACUCGGUGUUCAGUUACGAGAGGAACCGUUGAAAAUUUGAACACUUUAUAAGGAAUAGUAUAGGGAACGAAAUAUGGUCGAAAAAAGAAAAUUAUUUUUUCUUUUUUUUUUCAAAAAUUGCACCUCGUUGGGGCCAAAUUGGUCAAUCCUACUUGGCUCUUGGAAGGGCCAAAUUGAGAAAAAGUUCCAAAGUAGAAUUCAUAGGGGCCAAUUCAGAUUUUGGAGGGGUCGAAAUGGUACCUGUCCCGCCCGUUUUGGCUCAAAUAGUCCAAAACGAACCUUGAUGGGCCAAACUGGCCCUCGAGAAAUUGGGGCCAAUUUGGCUUUUGGGGUCAAUUUGGCUCUUUUCAUUUUACAGUGCACGGAAGCUCUCUGAGUGCAUGGCGGCAUGACAAGAGCUCUCUAGAUUAAGCAGAGUCCGUCAUUUUCGGUAUCAGUUACCGUUUUUUUUCCUUUUUUCCAAAUUGUUGAUGACAGUGGGACUGUUAGACAUACAUGCUGAGCAAUCGACAAUACUGAUUAUCAAAACCUGUAACAAGAAGAAAGGAAAAACUUGUGUCUUCAUUUGGUUGCCUGGCCACGAUGAGGGGAUAGAAUUAGAAAUAACAACAGAGGGGGGGGAGGAAAGGGGGGACACGGGGUAAGGAACGGGGGGCACGUGCGUCGCGAUCAAAGCUCAAUUUAGAAGUUUUAAUAGAAUUGGCAUCUUCCUCAGAUUGCUAUUGGCGGCAGGAGAUACCGCCUAGAUAAUAUUUCUUUAGAGAAUUAACAGCGCGUAAGCCAACAAUGACGAUCUUUAUUCUGAAAACACUACGAUUACUCGUUUCCUCAGGACUUCUCAUUGGACAUCUUUUUUCGUCAAGCCUGGAAAGAUGAGCGUCUCGAUCAUGGCCUCAACAAAACCAUGUUUCUUAGUAAUUUUGUGUUGGACCGCAUCUGGAUGCCAGAUACUUACUUUGUGAACGCAAAACACGGAUCGUUUCACAAAGUCACGAAAGAAAAUGUAAUGAUUAUGAUCAUGCCUGGAGGAAUUGUACACUACAAUGCCAGGUAAACUUUGGGGAAUACUUUCAAGAAGUUAAAGUCGUCUGAAACUGAGACCUAAGCAGUACGUUUUUGUGACAAUUGCUAAGCGCGAUUGAGAACACGGAUAGGAGGACAAGAAAAUUUAGUUAAACGUUAUUAAUUUGCGCGACGCCUUGUCUAGUAGCUGCUCUGAGUUUUUAAGGACGGAUGGGGGCUGCCCUAAAAUAACGUUUCACAAUCAUGGUUUGUAAAUUGGUGUUCCAAGAACAAAAAGCAGUCGACAAUUGCUCGUCCAUCUGUCCGUUAGUCCGGGAGUAUGCCAUCAGUGAUAGCGCUUCAGUAGGAGCGUUUCUUCGCCUGCAAAUAAGUUUGAAGCGUUGAGAAACGUGAGCCGGCGAGAUGUAAGCAAGUGGUCUUAUUAGUGCCACAUCCCUAGCCGAACUCUCGUCAGCUCGCUUUGCUCAAGGCGUUAAAUAUACUCGAAAGCGGAUAAACGUUCGUGCCACAGCGUUUAAUAGUAAUGAAGGCUUGCUUUCUUUUUGAACACACGAUUUAUGCACCGUCCAUCGACCUCCAGACUCAAAAGCAACCUCUUCUGGUUUGCAGCAUGAGAUUCUCGUGCUUGUAGAGGUUAGUUGCAUACAAAGGUAUUGGGUUAACACAAUACCAUAAUGAUUACCUUCAAAAGCUUGCUUACGUACCAUUCACUACAGGUAAAGAGAUUAUCCUCUCAAGUAAGCUGCAGUUAAAGAAAUCUCUAAAAAGAAGCCUACAGGCUUCGACCAGAUUUGAACCCGCGCUUGCCAGUUAAUAGUUGGGCGCUGUCAUGAAUGCUCACUCACGAGCAUCACUUAUUUUAUUUGUAUUUCAUGCGCAGGUCAAAAUAUGAUUUAUUUCUUAAAAUUGUGUACCAUUUACUAAAUUAGAAUUUGGAAGUGUGCAUAAUCAAUUCUUUUCGCCUCACCAGAAUCACAAUUAAAGCAGCCUGCCCUAUGGAUCUAAGAAAGUUUCCGAUGGACACUCAACACUGUCCUUUGACAAUUGAGAGUUGUGAGUACUUCUAGCAGUUCUAAAAAAAAAAAUGAUAAUUUAGACACCACGCCAGAGAUUUCCCAUGCGUUCGGACUUUUAUAGGUGACACUUCUCUGAAGUAGUGUUAUGACAAUGAAUUUCAAAGAAACAAACCGCAAACCUACGUCGGCAUAUCAUGGAUAUCAAAGUUUGUGUUUCGUUUUGAAGUAAACUGAGAAGAGUUCAAAACAAGCUAUUUGAUGUGAUAACGUUGAGAUUGACGAUGACAAGAAAGGCAACAGAGAUUAUCAUGACGAGGAUAACUAGACCAUAAGGAUGACGUCUGUGGUUACGAUGACGAUGCUGACGUUAAAGAUGACUCUAAUGCAGACCCCGAUGAUUGGUAGGACGUAAACGAUAACGGCUGAAAAAAAUUCUUCAUUUGACUCUGAUAAUGACUUCCGCUCAGGUCAUCGAAACGUCAGUCACUUCUACCGAGAAUAGUCCUUCUCGAGACUUCUCUCACCUGAACGAUCAGACUACACGAUAAAAUGAUGAUGAUGAUAGCCACUUCUUACUGAUUCUACUACCGACCUUCCUUAUGGUUUAAACUGUCAUUUUCCAUGUGAUAAUUUCUCUCAACAGACGGUUACAGUGCUGACCACAUCAGAUUUAGAUGGGAACAGGACCUCACUGAUGGGAUAUCAUUUGUUCCCGCCAAAUUGAAAAUGUUGCCCCAAUACAAUUUAGUCGAGCUGAGCUUGAAAAAGGAUUUUAACAAAUACGUCGUUGGUGAGUAAACAUAAACAGAAUUCUGAUGAGAGACAUGCUAGUUAUAAAUGAACGAAAUUACAAGUUUCUAUACUAAACAAUUUAGUCGAGCUGAGCUUGAAAAAGAACAAAUACUUUGUUGGUUAGUGUGUAAACAAAAUUCUGAUGACAGGCAUGCUGAUGAUGAAUGCUCGAAAAUAUUACUUUAUAAACAAAGCUGUUUUCGGAAUUCAAACUCUUCAUCGAUGAAAAUUGUUAGCGCUUACAUGUAGACUGUUCAAGUAUUUUCAGCUAUGUCAAUUGUUUCUUAUUUUAAUUUAUUAUCAAAUGAGACUAAAAUUAACAAACUGGAAAGUCUUGAAAGUACUUCUUGUUGCAAUUCCCAAAAAACUGUGUGGCGCAAAUUAAUAUUAACCGUGAAUUCAAGGCAAUCUGCGAUGAGCCAGGCAAAUUAGAAUUCAUAGUCGGAGAAUGGUGGCGUUGCCCAAAAGAAAAAUCGUAGCACAUUUCAGUGACAUAAAUUUAUAAGUUACAAUCAUUUAAUUACCACUGAUAUUUUAUGUACGAUGAGUAAACUAAAUGGUAAGACUAAUUGACUUCUUCCAUAUAUCUUACGCUAGGAAACUGGUCCUUCAUAAAGGCGAUAUUUACAUUUCAACGAAUGUCCAGUUAUUUCUUCGUCCACGUGUAUGCACCAUGUGCAUUGAUCGUUAUCAUUUCUUGGAUCUCUUUUGUGCUGCCACGCAGUUCUCCUCCUGCGCGUGUCACCCUGGGAGUUACUGCUGUCCUUACUGAAGUUACCAUCCUAAAUAUGCUCAACAACUCUAUGCCAAAGGUAACUUGCGUUGAAAAUUGUUUUUGAUAUUUAGUUUUAUAGAAGUAGAGUUCAACCAAUGUUUAGUGUGCUAGCCAGUUUAACUGACUGGCGAACUGGUAUACUGUCAGACUGAUUUAAUGGUUGACUGAGUGGUUGGGUGCCUAACUCACUAACAGACUGACCGUGCUGACUAACUCACUAAUGGACUGACUGCACAACUUAGACUUUAACUGACUGACUGACUGUUUGACUGCUAACUAACUGAAGAGCUGAAUGAAAAGUUGACUGAUGACUUGAAAAUUAUUUACUGAUUGGAUGACAGGUUUUGCCCAACUUUAUUCGCUACACACUAUACAUGACCAGCCUGAAUUCACAUCAUCACAGUCAUUCACUCGCACAAAUAUGAAAAUAGCACAAAAUACGAGAAAGAGAGAAUAGAAAACAAAGGAAAGUUAGAAUUAAGAAAUGUUUGUUUUAAUCCUAUGCAGGUAAACUAUACAAAAACCAUCGACAAGUACCUCAUCGGGUGUUUUCUGUUCGUGUUUGCCUCAUUGGGAGAGUAUUCAAUUGUGUUAUUUUUGGCAUCCAGAAUGAAGAAAUAUCGGAAAAUCCAAGAGUUAGAAAAGAGUAACCACAAACCCAAUAACAAAGACGCCUCUGAUGAUAACAAGGAAUGGAGAAACGGAGACGGGGUUACAAACAGAGUAAGUGGAAUGGUAAUGAAGGGCAACUGUUUUUCAUCAACAGGGAAAUCGGAAUUUUUAUCGCAAAAUAAUCCAACUUCCUGGAUAGAUGGAAUGGGAAGGAUAUGUAGAGGUGUAGGCUAAAUGCAAAACGUUGAUGUGGUUUUCGGUUUUAAGGAGAAAAAUUAAGUGCACAUGUGAACUUCGUUUGUGGUGCGGUUAGCUUGCCAACGAAAUACUUGUGGCUCUAUUGAUAGAGUAUCUUGCUUGACAUAUGAAUGUAUUGAGUUGAUACGAGUCCGUCCCUUAACUUCUCAGUCGACCAGGAGGUGGUGAAGAGGGCGAUAUUUAGGGUUAAUGUUGGGGGGAAAGAUUACAAGACGAACUUUCAAUACAGUCGAGAUGCAUUAGCACAAUACUCGCUACUAAGAUUUGAAUCCGAACUUACAAUGCGAAGUGAAGUACUUCGCGACCAUUCUCCCUCCUUUCCACAACAAGAAUUGUUAUGUUUACCGCGGUGAUGUUCAGGAUUUUUCACGAUGCAUGCUUGCUUCAAAAAGGAACUUAUGAUUUUUGAGAGGGGAUUGGGCACAAAGCUAGGAAAAAAUACGAAAAUUUUCAUCAAUGAAUUCUCAUCGCUGCCGUUUUAAUGCACAGAGAGGCAAUCCAGACAAGAUAUGUAGCACACAGUUAGAAAUGAUGGAAUUCGCAAAAAUGGAGCAAGAACUGAUGAUAAAUGAUCAUCAUGAGGUUAAAGCUGCGCGAAGCAAAUGGCUGAGCCUCACGAAUUGGAAGAACCGUUUGUACACAGAGCAAGCUGUUUUAGCUGUCGAUGAACUGUCUUUGAUAGUGUUUCCCAUCAGCUUUGGCAUAUUUAACAUCGUUUAUUGGAUGGCUGUAGCACGCGAUAUGUAA